AUGGUCUUUGCUGGGUCAAGUGCCCUUUCUUCUUCGCUUCACUCCAAAAACUGCAGCUCCGGCGACGGCACUCCGAGCUCGCUUGGUGCUACAGGGCGUCAACGUGAGCCAGCUGGAGCUGCUCUCGAUCGAAGGCCUUCCCCAGGUCUUGGAAGUGGCCUCGGGGGCGCCCACUGCGUGGGAGCUCCUCUUGGGUGCACCUCUGGCCAAAGAUGUCGAGGUCACCCUGUUGCUACGUUUGCAGCUUCAUCCAGAUUUCGACGGGGCGGUGCUGUCUAUGCCACAAGCACAGCUUGCAGUCGAAUACGCCCUCGCCAUGAGGCCCGAGGCUUUCUACACUCACGAAACGAUUGCUGUUCCCUUCAACACGUCGACCUGCCACGCUCUAGGCGCAGGCCGUGCUUUGCAGGCCUCACUCCUUUCUGCCACAACGGACCAGAUACAGCUCAGGCUGGACAUGCCGCAGGCUCAGGGUCGGCUGUUUCCGGGGAUGUGCUGCUCAUUCUGCCGCUGCACGCGAUUCACUACGACUUCCAACUCCCCGAUGGAAGCCAGUGCCCAGAACUCGCUGUGGACUUCGCAGUUCUGGGUGGCGGAAACGCAUCCUGGGACGUUGCUUGCCGCUUCCGGCGGCUGGGUCUCCAUGGCCACGGGAGCAAUGCUUUGGAAUUCACUAUGGGAUCAUCUUUCGCCACCCUGGCUCUGACUCUGUCUCUGUCGCUGCCCGCACCUGUAGCUGCUUCUGGUGGGGCAUGGCUGGCCAUGCUGACAGAUGGGCUGGCCGAAUGCGACGUCGUGCUCGUGGAUGCCCCGCCCAGCCUGAUAGCCCCACAGGGCUACUUGGUCGCCACUAGCAGCAGCAUUGUCAUGGCUGCUGCAGCUCUGGAUGUCACCUUGAUGCUGAUGGGCGACUUGCCGCCUGGUGGCGAGGUUGUCCUGAAGCUUGUGGACUCAGCACCUGCCAUGCUUCUGGCAUGUGACGAGCUCGCAGAGGCGUUCAUACCUACUCGACUCCUCUCCUCGCUGAGCGCUUCCGCUUCGUCUGACUUGUGUCGCGUGCGCAUGAUUACCCGAUGGGCUGGGUCCGGCUCAGAGCUCAAGAUACGCCUGUCAGUGAUGCAUGGUGAGAACGCGACCGCUGUUGCCGUGGAAUCGCGGACUGAGCUCUCCGGGGAGGUGUCGAACUACACAGCUCUUCAGGGCGAGUAUUACUUGACUGUAGCUGCGGAGCUGCAGCAGGCAAGGCUUUAUCCCACAGGAUUGGCAGAGCUGCGUCCAAGCACAUUCCUCAUUACGUUCCAGACGGCUGCGGAGUCUCUGUUUUAUGCGCCGAACCAGCCUGGCAGUGCAGUGCUCACUGCACGGCCGCCGCCUGUGUGUUCUCAAGGCUGCGCAGCCUGGGAGCAAAGGAUGCCCGGCAGCGCUGCCGGUUUGGGUCGUGCUUGCAGCCAGCCGGCCAUCUUGCCACGAGCGGCACCUUGGUGCUACUGCGAGAACGGGCAAGGAGCCGACUGGGACUUUUGCUUACCGGAGGUUGUCAGACUGCGGUUGCAACUGUUGGAUGCAUCUCGCUUCUGGUUGCGCCGUGCCGGUGAUGGCGCAAAGUUACAGGUGGUCCCGGAGAUGCUCGCCGUUGACUGCGCGGAAUACCUGCUCAACUUUGCAGCUUUAGGAGGGUCCGUGCCUGCUCCUCGCCGCUGCUGGGGAGAUGCGAUGCGUACGACCGGUGACGAGGUCUUCCUGGAGUUUUUUCCUGGCCGUGGACUUGUGGCGGGCGCUUCCUACAGUCUGGAAGUGACUGGCGAGUUCAGGAGUUACGUGAGCAUCAGCAACGAGGUCCUGGAGCUCUCCGUUUGGAGCACAUCUGCGGACGGGCCCUUCAUCGGCAGAGAGUUUGCCAAGCUGCGACCUUCGGCUUCAUCGAUUCCAAAAUCUGGCACGUCUAUCUUCGCCCAGCAGCCAACUGUUAACAGCGUCACUGCGCAGUUGCUGGAUGUAAACACUACAGGAAACAUCUCAGUGGGUCGCUUUUCGUUCCAGCUUGAGCCGGGAAGCGAUUCGCAGCAAUGGCUGCGGGAAGGCCAGUCAGUGGACUUGUUCUUUUUGCCGCUGGCCGCCUGGGACUUCAGGGUCUCAGCCGGAUCCGCCACGGCUUGUGCUUCCCUGCGAUUGGACAUUGCAAACAGUGGAGAGACCGCGGAGGCACCUUCCUGCUUCGCCAACUCUGUUGGUGGUGCAGCCCUGGACUUCCAAGAGAACAUGAUAACGCUUGUCCUGGGAUCAGGUACAGUCAUCAGCCCGUAUGCACCCGGGCUGGUAGAAGUCAGUUUGCCACUCCCGUCUGGCGGAAUCUUUGGAACCCAAGUUCUGGCAGCCUGCAGGUACCAGGUCCCGGCAGGCCAGGCAGCUUGGCACACAGCGUCGAACCCCCUGCAGUGGGCACCGAAAGUGGCCAGCGCGAGUUUCGUGGAACUUCCACAGGUGGAACCUGGCGGCAACAUCACCGCAGACAUUGCCGUCAUUUCAGGGCUCACUUUGACGGGUUAUGCCGGGGCGGCCCUGCACCUGCAUCCUCCAGCUCACUUCCGUAUCAUCGCUCUCGAAGACCCAGGUGCUGGUGCUGAUGAGCCUUGGGUGAGAGUCGUUGCAUCCAUGGCAGCAACAGAUCCGGGGGAGGCGGUCGUCGUGCAGCUCCAGUCAACGACUGCACUCUACGCAGGUGCUGAGUAUUUUGUUCGAGUUGUACUCGUGGCAAUUGCGCCUAGUUCUGGGCAGCGCGAACCCUGGCAAUUCCAAGUGUUUGGUGAGGCAGCUCCCCCUGUGCCGUUUGAGUCUGCGACCAAUCGCUCUGCAGGGAUCCUCUCGACUGGUUCGUUGGGUGCCACCAUCUCGUUCACUUUCAUCCAGGCUAAUGCUCGGACCCUGAUUACGGUCUAUUUUCUACCGGAGCAGGUGCAAGGCAUUUUUUUCCGCUACUUGGCACUCCAGGCACCUCGUGGAUUCGACUUCGCCACACUGUCGAGCCCUGGCAGUUGCGAGAUGGUGGCGCUGCUAUCUACGCCAGCCCACAGCCAGUGCAAGGACUCGCGAGCAGGCGCUUUGUCCUGGACUAGCGACAUUGCGACGAUCGUCCUGCCGCCAUUGUCGCGAUUGCUGGCGCAAGAGUACGGGUUUGCCGUCUUCGCCAUGCUUCCGUCUUACCCAGGGGCUUGGGUUGAAGAAGUGAACGGUCGCGGAACCUUCGCCCUGGAGACUCAGACGGAGGAUGCCUCUCCCUGCGACACUCUUCCUGCAAUACAUGGGCCUGAUGUUUUCCCGUCCGCCUGCGCUGAAUCAUCCGUGCGCCUGUCGACAACAGAGCCAGAGCAGGAAGCACUUGCCACGCUGACCUUCAGGCCAGGCGCGCAGCAUCCAUCGCCUGUCCCUGCCGCGCUGUAUCUCCACGUCGAAGCUCCAUUUGGUUACAGCUGGGUCAUGCCGGUAUCGUCGUGGUCUGCUCAAGUGGCGCGAGGUCCGAACUCCAUGGCAGUGGCCAUGGCAAACCUCAUUGCAAUCGGAACUUGCGUGGCUGGCCGGGAGGACAUCAUGUGCAUCUCCACGACCGAUUCGCUGACCGCCAUGGACGAAAUAACCAUCACGGCUGGCAUCAUCGUCCCCCUGCAGAAUCCAGAUGUGCCUCAAGGAUCUGGUGAUCUUCCUAGUGCAUCCAACUGGCAUUUGAGGAUAGCUUCUGAGCUCACCGUGAGCCCUGAAAUGGCUCCAGCAUCCCGAUGGCUGGGCUGCUAUGUGACCUUUGAGCCUCCGCGUCGAGUGCGACGGAUCUUUGCUGCAGCGGCUGAAGCUUCAAAUGCCGUCGUAGGGGCAGAGAACGACAUCACAUUUUCGGUGACCACAGUGACAGAGGUGCCGGUUGGAGGUGCCAUUGUGUUGGUGCCACCCAUCGAUGUGUUCGACUUUCCGAAUCCAUGCGAGGUGGAGGUGCCGAACAGCGCCGCAUUGUCGAUCUUUGGUCUUCCUCUGCCGGAAUCUGCCGGUGCUUCCUGCACCUCCUCGGCACUGGGAGCUGCCGUCGUCCUGCAGUUGGGCGCCCUACCGGCCAACACCUACCUGUUCACUGUGCUUGCCGUCCGCAACUUGCGGACAAUUUCCGCAGACGAUCUGCUGUUCCAGUGGCAAGCAUACACAGUGGCAGCAGGAACGCUUGCUGCAAGCAGCAUUGGCAGCCCAUCCGUCUCCUUUCUGGACAGCCCAAGAGCUUUUGCCAGCUUCUCUGUGCUGGUAGCCAUGAACGAUGCCUUCAUUGACACAGAGUUGCUCGACCUCUCCGUGACCGGCUUCACGAAAGGGCGCGGUGCCUUGAACCAAGUGGUGAUUUGUUUCCAACAGUCUUUGGCUUCCCUUGCUGGACAGACGCUGAGCGUCUACAUUCCAGACGGUUUCAGGCUUCCUUGGAGCGACUCCAACAAUUGCCUCGCUGCAGAUGCUAACACCGGUGUGCCUCCGGUGAACAUUGCUGACCCUUUCGGCCGCGGCGGCUCCCCAGAUCCAACUACUUUCGCCUUGUUCCCCUCGUCCAUGCAAGUGGCCUGCGCGACAUCGCCGGACGGUAAUGCAGCCUUCCUCACCCUGUCUGAAGGCUUGGUGGAGAUCUCGCGGUUCUAUGCCUUCCGCUUGGUGGUGCAGAACGCAGACCGAAGCCCAGCCAACAAUGCAUGGAGGCUCCAAUUGGGGCAGCAAGCGUCUCUUCCAAUCCCCGGAUUCACCAUGCAGGCUUUUCAGCAGCUGGCUAUCUCCGCCUCGUUUGCCGGUGCAGCGCAGCGAAUCGGCCAAGCGCCACCAAACCUGCUGCAGGUUCUAUUUCAACCGUCUGUGCCUGUGCCUUCCGGUGGUGCGCUUCAGUUGACACCACCCAGAGGCUUUGAGCUCAUGGCAUCCGUGCCUCGCACUUCACGAGGCGUACUGGUAAAGGCGAGCGCCACGUGCCUCGGCGAGUCCAUUUUCCUAGGCGUUGACUACAGUUUCAGCCAAUGCCAAGCGGCCUGCUCACAGCGGGACAGCUGUGAGUUUUUUCGAGUAGGGAUCGGCGACCGGUCUGGCGAGUGCAUCCAGGAAUCUACCGGCGACGGCUCGAUGCCUUGCCAGGAUUUCCUGCCCGACGAUUCAUUCAGUGUGUAUCGAGUGACUCCCACAGGAAACUGCUUUCGCUUCCUUCUGACGGAGGACGGAGCUCAACGGAGCGAUGUUGACUGCAGCCUCGAGCAGCGAUCUGCUCUGGAGCUUGGUCAGGGGUUUGUCGGUGACCCUGACAGCGUCAGCACCGUGGCCGUCUUCGGCCUCCGAGUCGGGGCUCCGGCCAUGGCCAUCGAAAAGCUCUACGUCGCCACUCUGGCGGUGCGCAAUCCCACGCAGACCCCCGAGCAGAGCGUGUGGACUUUGCAAAGCUUCUCCCAGACUUUGCUGAUCUCCGAGGCCCUCCUGGAGGAUGGAAGUGCAGAUGGCUUUGCUUUGCUCGCAGCUCUGGACCGUUUGGAGCUGCAAGUCCUCCCGGAAGCAGAGAAGCACAAGGCGGGUGCUGAGGUCGAGCUGUCCUUCAUUUGGGCCCCGAGCGAGCCUGUCAUUCCUGCAAGUGAUGUCAUUGAGGUACAAUUGCCAUCAUGGCUGCAGGUGUCUGCUGCGGUUUGUAGCUCCCUUCGGACGCCUCAAUCGGCAGACUACACGCUAACUGCGUGCUCGCUCCCUGGGCCAUCCACUCUGCAGUUCAGCAUAACUGGCCCGGCAGAGGCUUUGGCUCAGGGCUCUCGGCUUGACUUCCUCCUCGUGGCCACGAAUCCUGACGCAGCGGCUGUGGCCGCUGCUCCUCGGGGUUCGACGACAUUGGUGCAGCUGUCUCAUUUGCGGCCGGUCACGUCUGCAGUUACCGGCGAAACUUUGCUAUCAGUCAUAUCCUCCUCGGGGUCGGAGGCUCAUGCAGUGCAGCUGGCAAUGCCGUUCCUACGCAUGCAACAAAGCCUGCCUCAGUUCGCGGUGGCAGGACACUUCCCGACGACACUGGAGGUCACAUUCCAAGUGGCAACUCCAGGCGCCGAUCAGGUUUGGAUCGAUACGUUGUCUGGGGGCAGCCCCAUGGAUUUUGCAAGCGUGCAAUGUACCAUGGCUGUCGACGGAGAAGGAGCAGAUGCAGGUACUUCCCCCGGGUUGUUUGGCCAGAUUUCUUGUUUCCCUGGAGGGCAGAUCGAAACUGAGAUAAGUGACAACCUUGUCACCCAGCAAGCCCAACUCCGUGCAGAAUUCGUGUCGACCUUCCUGCCGAAUCAGCGCUACACACUGAAGCUGGAACUUGUGCGCAUGGGUUUCCUGGCUGGCCCGGUGAUCGCGGCCGUGGCCACCAGCACUGCCAGCAGCAGCGCAGACGCAUCGGACUUUUCGCAGGCCUUCCUGUUGGACCGAAGCUCGCUCGAGGACCAAGGAGACGAGCAGCUUUACUUGGCCGGACAAUUGGUUCUCCAAGCGCCUGGCUCCGGGUCUUUCGUUUCUCUGUCAGCGAAUGCAGAGUUUGGGACAAGCUUGUUCUUGGCCGCCGACAGGGUCCACUACCUGACCCUAGGCUUUGCCUUGCAGGCUGCCUUGCCGAAGGGUGGCCGGCUUGUGUUGUACCCGGCUGCUGGCAUUGGCAUGGUCGCCGACGUGGUACUCGGACUGGCGGCGACAAAUGUGCCAAUGUCUACUGCAUUGAAGGACAUUGGAGGUGCGGAUGAUGUCUUUCAAAACAGCCAGAGGCUUAGCUUGCCAUCUCCCAGCUACACAGCCCGCCUGGACGUGGUGUUCCAGGCGUCCGGGGAAGCGAACGAGUCGUUGAUCGCCUUGCCAGCGGAGCAGCCUCUAUCGAUUCAGCUCAGAGUCCAGAUCCGGUCUGUUGCUGCAGGCAGCGGAUGGCUGUUGCUGACCACGCUACGAGAGGACUGGUCGGUGGACAGGCAGAGCGUCACCAACACCAACCUUGAGGAAUGGCCUGGCGGUCCGCUGCCGGUGGUGCCAUCUUUCGAUCCUCGGAGUACUCUCGUUUCAGCAUCCAGCACAAGGCGUUCUGCCCUGAUCCAGGUUACCUUUCGAGUCACGCCAGUCCUCGAUAUUCCUGCUGGCAGCUUCCUGCGCGUACGAGCUCCCAGUGGAUUUGUUUGGGCCGCUGACUGUGUCGAGGGCUCUGGCCCGGGAGGUCUUGUUGAGCCAGGACAAUGCUGGCGCGACUCAUCGCAACCCUCAGCUACUCUCCUGGAAUUGCACAGUGCUAUGCAGGCAAAAGCUUCGUACGAGCUUCUUAUGCAGGUGCUCACACCAGCAAUGCUGCAGCCGCCCAACCGCUGGGAACUGGCAGCUCUGUCUCUGGUCACGCCAGGGCCAGCACCAAUCACCACCACAUCCACUAUACCUCCUGGCCUAGUUGGAAGCCCGUCGGCGGUUAACCUCAGCGCCGAAGUCGUGCGUGACCCUCGUGAGCGGCACGCUGAUGUGGUGCCUCAGCAGGUUAUCCGCUUGACAGGCUUCCAACUGUCAGGCCUCGAGGCGCGGUUGCAACCGCUUCGGAAGCCGGGAGAGAACGGCCAGCUGAUGCUCCUCUCCUUUCGCCUGGCCCUCGUGCUCGACGAGCUUCGCCUGGCAACUCUUCCAUUGCCUCUUGUCCUCUCCGCACCCCAGGGCGUGACCGUCAGCUGCGCAUGGAGCGAGCAGGGCCAAGGAGGCGGCGCGCUCAUUUACCCAAACAUCUCGGUGUCUUGGAGGCUCUUGGCCACUCAGCAGAGGUCGGCGCUGCUUAGCCGCUGCACCCCACAAGAUGCCUCUGGGGAUUCAUCCCUGCUUUUGGAGCUCCAAGCGCCGCCAUCUUCCGGCAGCGAGGCUCCGGGCGAAUGGCUGGCCUUGCCGAUACUUGUGGCGUCGGCAGAGGAGGAGACCUUUGCCUCGGAGCAAACUUGGAGACUGCGUGUGGGCGACAGCCUCGCCGAGGUGCGAACGUUGCGCACAUCACCGCGGAGGAUCGUUCAUCCUUCCUCACCACCUCGAGCGAGCUUGGCUGCAGCACUAGAAUGCACGGCCUUCUGUGCGGCGGUGGCUGGAGACCACCAGGAGCUUCCUGCUCCUGCUGCGCUCGCUGUAGACAGAGGCUCUGGAAUCCGCGUGCAGCUGGCCCUUGCUUUGCCGAAGGCUCCACCUACACGCUCGUCUCGCCUCGUGGCGAGUCGCCUCGCAUCGGCUUUUCGCCAAGGAGUUCGCAGUUCUGACUUCGCAGACGCUGCAGAGGCAGCACUAGUUGACUUCGUGUUGAUCACCGCGCCGGCGCCGUUGCGAUGGCUGGACAACUGUCGAGUAACAAACACCUCGAUGAUGUCUUCGGCGCGAUGGCGAUGUCUUUGCUACGGAAGUGAGGCUUAUGUCUACACGCUUGGCUACACCUCGGAGCCAGCCCUGCCACUUCGGGAAGUCCUUGAGAUCCAAGGAGUGACCGUAUCAGAUUCUGCAGAAGCAGAAACACCCGUGCGAUUGCCAUUCUCGUCAACGUGGGUCGCAUCCCUCUUCGAAGAUGGCGCUUUGGUGUCUCAGCAGCUCAUGGAAAACCAUCAGGGACAGGGUGUUCUGCAUCUGGCCAGCGCGCUACCUGAUGGUGAAGAGGCAAACGAGACGUCAGGAGGUGAAGGCAACACAACGACCUCGCUGGAGGAUGGCGCCGUCACACUGCCGGAGGAUGCCGUCGACCUCGAGGAGUGUGUAGAGCAAGAGGUGUCACACUUUCCGUGCCCGGUCGGAAUGUUCGCACACGGUGUUCGUGUCGUGCGAUUGGGCGGAGCCGGCUCGUGGAUGGACAGUCUUCAGCUCCUCUGCAGCCAGGAGCUAGAUGUUGGAACCAACCACACGCAGUGGCAGACCCUGGCUGGCACAACGGGUCUGGCAGGCAACAGGCAGAUCCUCUCCUUCACAGAUGCUGGGGAAAAUGCCGAGGUCGAAGUACUUCGCUGCGACGAGCGCGCCUCUUCCAUGCUGGUGGGAGUGCGUCUCGCUCUUUGGCGUCGGCGCAAGGCAGCUGGCUUGGCGGCAGCCUGUGCCGCUUGGGCACAGGUAGAGCGGGGCAUCGCCUGGGAUUCAGAAGCUCACGAGGAACUGGAGCCUGAAGUGGCCUCGAUGGAGCUGGAGACCGGCGCCAACUGCACCGGCCUGGUUCCCAUCAACGGCUCGGAGAGAUGGGCGAGUUGCCAGGGGAUGGCCAACCUCAAACCUUGCCCAGACCCGGAGAUGUGCUGCUGCAACGAAGAUUUCCAGUAUAUCGAGGCCUUGGGCUCGUGUGAGCCCUGCGCCGCUGGAGAGGCUUCCGAAAGACCACGCAGACUCUGUCCACCUGGCACUGCAGUGGUCGGUUUCUAUGCCGGCAUCGCAUCCAGCGAGGGCAGUCGGCAUCAGGCUGUGGGGUCGGAUCUGCUGAUUUCUACUAUCUGCUCCAUUCGAGUAAGUUGUGGACCUUUGGAGGUUCGCCACUGGGCAGGGGACUCGUCGAGCAACAUCGGUUCUUUGGUGGUAGCGAGAUGGGACCCGCCGGUUCAGGAAGCUGGAGACCUGGAGCUGCCGGGCCUGGCGAACCUGGGAGAGCUGGAGUGGUGGCACUACACGGCCGCAGGUGGAGCGCUUUUGCUCGUGUUGUACUGCAUUUACCGUUGCUGUCGGACCUCGCAGUCGACGGUCUACGGUGAUGUACAAACCGGGACGAAGUCAAGCUGGACCACGUUCAAGGGCGCGAUGAAGUUACCUUUUCAAGUUGUUUGGAGGUAUCUCCUACGACCGAUCGGCUCCCUUGUGCUUCGGAUGCUGGAGCCGGUUUGGGUCCGCGUUUUGCGGCCACUCCUGCGGUGGAUGGCCGCGACCCGCGUAGCCAGGCUUUUGGCAGGAAUCGCUCGGCGGCUGUGGCGCUUGCUUACGUGUUGCUGCCCAUGCCUGAGACGUCUGGAGAAGAUGUCUUUGAGGGAGACACUGAAAGCCGCCCGCGACCCGAUGGCCGCUAGCAAGACUACGCGGGCGCGUGUCGCCCGGCAGUGGGAACUGCGACGGCAGCUGAUGUCCGGCACUUUUGACGCACAGAAGGCGAAGGACGACUUGCUUGGCCAGCUGAAGCGAGGAGAGAUCGACGAGAAGGAGCUGGGAGCACGGCAGCGCGAGAUCGAUGAGUUGCUUGCCAAGAGCCAGGCUAUGACCAGCAAGACUUCACUGAAAGAUCGCGUGAAGAGUCUGAAAUCACAAGGCAGUCUUCGCCCGUUGUCUGCGGCAAAGAGCGUCAGCGCAUCGAAGAUGUUUUCUGCCAGCAUGUCCUUUGCCAGGUCUGCCUCGCUUCGCGAGGAUGGUGCCCGCAAAUGCUGUGCAUGCUGCCGGCGGCUUCCUGUUAAGGAGGAGGAUGCGGAGGAAAAGCAGGAGGCGGCAAUAGCAGCCGCGCAGAAGCCCGAGGAAGGCAAGGAACAUGGAAAGCGGGCAACAGUCCAGAAAGAAGACGACGAGGAGUGGGAAUAUUUCUGGGAGGAAGACUCCGAAGAGGAGGAUUUCGAAGAUGAUCAGGUCAUCGACCGAUCUUCUUCGGCUAAGAUGUCCAUUUGGCACAGCCUUCGGCCCGGUGGCCUCGCGGACAUCCGGCGCUUCUCAGCUAACCUCCAGAACCAGCACAUCCCAGGCCAAGCAGUCAAAGAGUCAGUUGACACAGUGAGCUGGCAAGGGCCUACAUCUUCAGUUCAAGUGAGAUCUGAGCAGCCGGACCUGACCAUGGCAGCGAUUAAGGUUAGUCGACUGGUUGCAGACCUGGGAAGUACCAAGGACAUCACUGGAAUGGAUCAUGUCGCAUACUUUGUGGGAUGGUAUCCGUUUCAGCCGCAUGAGACCAGCCAGCACAGCCCCAUGCUGACCGAGUCUGAGAUGGGGAUGUCGCCGACUGCCAGGUCUUCGCACGGCCAGGCCUCCGCGAAGUCGGCUGCAGCUGAGCGCGCCGUUGCACUGCAAGAGCUGCGCCGUGGCUCCGUGGCGCCCGGUGUCGUCCUGUCCGCUUACUUCAUUCUCGUGCGCCACGGUACGUCGCUGGGUGCUGCAGAGGCUGCAGAUCUCUGGGAAGCCCUCAUGGCAAUGCCCACCAGGGAGACGUUGCCGCCACUGCUCAGGCUCUCUGGACGGGAGCUUUGUGACACCCUUUUCGUCCUUGCUGCAGCGCGCAGCUUCAAACGGCACGCCGAGGUUGCAGAGGAGGUGGCAAAAACUUUGUGCUCGCACUACGAUGCGUACCUCUCCGAGUUGCAACUGUGGCCUCAGACACUUCCGCUUGUGAGCGAGUUCUUGGCAUGGCAUUGCCGAGAGAGGGGGUUGCUAAGCAACUUCCUGCUGACGGUGCUGGUGCCAUUUUGGCGACAACACUCGGCCACCGUCCAGGCGGCCCUGGUGCCGCAUCAUGCGCAGGCUGUGUCUGCAGCCUGUGCUCGCUGCGGAAGGGCGUUACCUCAUGACGUCCUGCAAACAGUCCGCAGUGCCCUGUGCACCUGGACUGUUGCGAAUAUUUCUCAGCUGGGCCCCCGCGGCACUGCAGGUAUGGCUCUGGCAUUGUCGAGAGUAGGACCCGGCUUAGCUGGUGAGGAUGCCAAUGCGCAGCUCUUGGCCUUGCUGGUGCGUCGUGCCGGUCAGCUCUUGAAGGAGGCAGCUGAAGGCGCAUCGACGACAAGGCGUCCUCUGGAUGACAAGGUUUUCAAGCCGCUCACAUCAGUGCAGUUCUUUCGCCCGGACUGGCUUGGCAUGUUCCUCAGCGCUCUGGCCCGCGGCCGUUGCCGCGAGGAGCUGGAGACCUUGAGGCGCGUGUUGGAAGCACACCUUCUCCCUCGGCAGCGAAGCCGCCUGGCCUUCGAGCCACAGAACUUGGCCCUCGCGGCCAAUGCCGUGCUAAAGCUGGACCUUCUCCGACUGCGCCUUGAUGGUCCAACCCCACUGGUCGCCCUCGCUCCACUUGUGCGCCGUGCCUGUGUUGCCAUGGAAGGGGCGGGAGGUGCCCAAUCCGCCUGCCUGCUGGCCCACGCCUUCGGCAGUGCUUUAAUGAUGCUCCCGAUGCCGCCAGCCCCGACCGAUCUCGUGCCACUCACGCAGGUCUAUGAAACGGUGCUCGGAGACCUCUUCACUCAGAUCAUCUCUUUGCAGCUUUUGAACAUCCGUGUGCGCUUCCAGCUGCUGUCCGCUGUUCAGUGCUGGUUUUACGCCUCGGAGCUGGGUGCAAUGUCGUCACUGGCCUCGCUCCGACGUGCACAACGUGUUCUGUUGAAGGCUGGAGGAGAGCUUCCGGGGCCAGCGGAGUCGCUUGGAGACCAGGAUCUGAUCAGCACCAAGGGUCAUGCAGAGGUUGCCGAGGCCUUGCCGGAAGACUGGCAGCUGUCGGUUUCCAUUCUGGCUGGACAUUGUGUUGGUGCAUCGAACAGUGUUUAUUCGUAUCAGUUCAUACCCGUCAUAUCCUACAGUGCUGACCGUCUCGCUUUCUCGUCGGUGGUUCUCCAGCAGGCAGAACCGAUAUUUGUGGCGAUGGGGUGCCAGCGCUCGACCAAGUCAGAGGGGCGAAGGAUGGCGAAGGUUCCAAAAGAGCAGCGCUCAUGGCGAUUUCAAGCUGAAGUACUCGGAAUGAUAGGUGGCGGUGUGGAAGAGCAAGCCACGGGAAUGGUGCGUCAGAGGCUUGGUCACUGCGCAGCUUGCUGGACGUGCAUUUGCGCUUCGACCAUCACGCGAAGUAGUGUCGUCAGCAUGUGCAUCAUGACCUUGCUUCCUUGUGUUACUCGUUCGGAGACAUGUUGGGAAGAAGCAGUCGGCCAAGGCGAGAAUCUUCGGAACCUCAGUUGGUCGAGGAGGCAGCCGACGAAAAGCUCAGAUGGUGACCUUUCCCUGGGAGAGACAGAUAGAGAAAGAGAGGUGGUGUACGGCCUGAAAGAACAUGCAGAGACGGAAGGGAUAAGAGACACUAUUCAGAUGGGUGGCUCCUUCGAAAGUGGGAAUGACGGGACACGUGAUCAGCGUUAA